UAUCUCUCCUUCUUUCUCAUUUUGGCGAUUAAUGAUGGAUUCAUCAAGUGUGGUAAUAUCAAUUCCACAUGCGGAGUCGCAUGUUGUUGAAGCUGGAGCAGUAGUAGUAGCUCCCACAAAAAAGGAAAAUACUAGGAUGAAAUCAAAAGCACUAAUUUCGUUCAUUUCCAACACGGCCUCCUACGUUAGAGAAAAGACAAGAAGAAUUGAUAAGCAAAAGAUGAGAAGGGUAAUUCAUAGCGUCAAGGUUGGACUUGCUUUGGUUUUGGUUUCGCUUCUCUAUCUCCUUGACCCUCUUUAUGAGCAAGUUGGAGAUAAUGCCAUGUGGGCAAUCAUGACUGUUGUGGUCAUCUUUGAGUUCUUCGCAGGAGCUACACUUGGGAAAGGUUUAAACCGAGGGCUAGGUACCAUAUUGGGAGGAGGACUGGGGUGUCUAGCGGCAUCUUUUGCUCAACAAGUUCAUGGAACCGGAAAUUCCAUCAUCGUUGGCACUUCUGUAUUUGUCUUUGGUGCGGCUGCAACAUACGCUAGAUUGGUACCGAAAAUAAAGAAAAGAUAUGACUACGGAGCAAUGAUAUUCAUCCUAACAUUCAAUCUGGUGGUGGUGUCUGGUUUGCGUGCCGAGAAGGUCUUACAAUUGGCUCGUGAACGUCUGUGCACCAUAGGAAUGGGCUUCGCCGUUUGCGUCUUCAUAAGCUUGCUCAUCUUUCCCACAUGGGCUAGCGAUGAACUUCACGACUCUAUAGCCUCCAACUUCAACCACCUUGCCCGCUCUCUUGAAGGAUGCUUGGAGGAAUACUUCAAAGUGGAUAGCGAUACGGAAAAUCAGCCAAGUACGAGUAGGGCCAAUAGUUUGAUCACUAGUAGUUGCAAAUUAGUGCUAAACUCCAAAGCCAAGGAUGAACAACUGACAAAUUUUGCGAAAUGGGAACCAUGGCAUGGAAAAUUUGGGCUUUAUUACCCAUGGGGAAAGUACCUACAACUUGGCGACCACCUUAGAGAGCUGGCUUCCUCAAUCAUUUCCUUGAAAAGUUGUCUCCAAUCCUCUAAACAGCCUUCCUCCACAUUGAGGCAGUUAAUUAGAGAGCCAUGCGAAGCAGUGGGAUCUUCACUUGGAUGGAGCUUAAAAGAGCUUGGAGAAAGCUUAAAAAAAAUGAAAAAAUGCCAGCCAGCUGAUCUAAUUCUGCCCAAGCUGAAGGCCAUGAGAAUAGAGCUUAGCUCAGUGGCUUCUGAUAAUUCCAAGCUAGCUGGAAAGUUAGAGAAUGUCGAAGGACUUGCGGUUGCAACACUUGUUUUCUCUUUGAUGGAGAUAAUUGAAAAGGUCGAAGAUUUGGCUAAGGAGGUUGAAGAACUUGGCCAACUUGCCUUCCGUUAGUAUAAAUAUAUAUUUAGAAAGCUUUCCAGCUUAAUUUUCUUUAUAUUAUUGCUAUAUAUAUAUACAUAUACAUAUGUGAUCAAAUUAGGAUGAUCAGCCUGAUGUAUACGGCGUGAAUAAUUCUUUGGUUGGGAAAGUCUAGAUUGGCGUAAAUGACUAAAAACCAAAAAAAAAACACAAAAAGAAAGAAAAGAGAAAGGUUUUUGGGAUGUUGUUAUUGUAUAUAUAGUGACUAAAGCCAUGUAUAACAUAUCUAUCUGAGGCUAGCUAGUCAGAAAAUCCCAGUUGCCGACUACAAUUUUGUGAGUCCUCUGAGGGAUAUAUAUAUAUCGAACUUUGUUUUCGUUGGAACCACUAUUGGAAUAUAUGUACAGAUAUAAGA